GUCCGAGUUGUGUGCUUCCGGCGGCUUUCUCGCUGAUUGCUCAGUCUCUGGGACCUCGGAGCUAAAGUAGUGGGCACUCACCUGGGUGGGUUACGGACCCAGGGAGCUAGAAGUCCACAUAUUUGAGCCCUGUAAUCUCUAACCAUGGACCGGGACCUUCUGCGGCAGUCACUGAAUUACCACGGGCCGUCUUUGCUGUCCCUGCUCCGUAGCGAACAGCUGGAUAAUCCGCACUUCCGGAGCCUCCUGGGGUCGGCUGCCGAGUCAGCCCGGGGACUGCCGCUGCAGCAGCCGUUGCAGGCCAGAAAAGAGAAGAGAGUCGACAACGUUGAAAUACAAAAAUUCAUUUCCAAAAAAGCGGAUCUUCUCUUUGCACUUUCAUGGAAAUCAGAUGCGCCUGCAGCAUCUGAAGUUAAUGAAGACAAUGAAGAUUCUUAUGCAGUCAUGCCACCUUUAGAGCAGUUCAUGGAAAUACCUAGUAUGGAUCGGAGAGAGCUGUUUUUUCGAGAUAUAGAGCGUGGAGAUAUAGUGAUUGGAAGAAUAAGUUCCAUUCGGGAAUUUGGGUUUUUCAUGGUGUUGAUUUGUUUAGGCAGUGGCAUCAUGAGAGACAUAUCUCACUUAGAAAUCACAGCUCUUUGUCCGUUAAGAGAUGUGCCUUCUCACAGUAACCAUGGGGACCCUUUAUCGUAUUACCAGACUGGUGAUAUCAUUCGAGCUGGAAUCAAGGAUAUUGACAGAUACCAUGAAAAGCUUGCAGUAUCUCUCUAUAACUCAUCUCUUCCACCACACCUAUCGGGUAUUAAAUUAGGUGUAAUUAGUUCUGAAGAACUUCCUUUGUAUUACAGGAGGAGUGUUGAACUAAAUAGCAAUUCUUUGGAAUCCUACGAUAAUAUCAUGCAAAGUUCCUUGGGAUUUGUUAAUCCAGGAGUAGUUGAAUUCCUUCUAGGAAAACUAGGAAUAGAUGAAUCUAAUCCACCAUCUUUAAUGAGAGGCCUACAAAGCAAAAAUUUCUCUGAAGAUGACUUUGCUUCUGCAUUAAGAAAGAAACAGUCUGCAUCUUGGGCUUUAAAAUGUGUGAAGAUUGGAGUUGAUUAUUUUAAGGUUGGGCGCCAUGUGGAUGCUAUGAAUGAAUACAAUAAGGCUUUGGAAAUAGACAAACAAAAUGUGGAAGCUUUGGUAGCCCGAGGAGCAUUAUAUGCAACAAAAGGAAGUCUGAACAAAGCAAUAGAAGAUUUUGAGCUUGCAUUGGAAAACUGUCCAACUCAUAGGAAUGCAAGAAAAUACCUCUGCCAGACACUUGUAGAAAGAGGAGGGCAGUUAGAAGAAGAAGAAAAGUUUUUAAAUGCAGAAAGUUACUAUAAGAAAGCUUUGGAUUUGGAUGGCACUUUUAAAGAUGCAGAGGAUGCUUUACAAAAGCUUCAUAAAUAUAUGCAGAAAUCUUUGGAAUUAAGAGAAAAACAAGCUGAAAAGGAAGAAAAGCAGAAAACAAAGAAAAUAGAAACAAGUGCAGAAAAGUUGCGUAAGCUUUUAAAAGAAGAGAAAAGGCUAAAGAAGAAAAGAAGAAAAUCAACUUCUUCUUCAAGUGUUUCUUCUGGUGAUGAAUCCGUUUCUUCUUCAUCAUCUUCUUCCUCUUCUGGUCACAAACGGCAUAAGAAACAUAAGAGGAACCGUUCAGAGUCUUCUCGAAGUUCCAAAAGGCAUUCAGCUAAGGCAUCCUCAAAUCAGAUAGAUGAGACUAGGAAAGAUGAGUACUUCCCAGUUCCAGCCAAUACAUCAGCAUCUUUUCUUAACCAAAGACAAGAAAUGGAAAAACUACUGGAAAAGCAAGAUAGGGUACCAUCUGAAAAGAAGCAGGCAAAAGAGAAAGAUAGAUGUCCUUUCUCUUCGUCAUCAGUUGAGAUUCCGGAUGAUUUUGGAGGUAGGUCUGAAGAUCCAAGAGGUUUUUAUAAUACCGAUAAAACUCAAGCAAGUAGUAGCAAAACAGAAAAACCAUAUAAAUAUGAAAGACAUUUUUCCAGUAGAAGAGAUUCUUCAGAUUCCUUCUCUAAGAAUCCAGAAGACAAGUUAAAAAAUUAUGGUUACAGAAAAAGUGAAAAAGAUAUAGAGGGAAGAAAAGAGCACCAUAGAAAAUGGGAGCCAGGUUCUGUGAGGUAUUCCACUUCACCAGCAAGCUCAGACUACUCUUCCAAGUCUGUUGAAAAAUAUAAAAAAUACUCUGGAUCACGUGAUUUCAGUAGACAUGAGCAAAGAUACCAGUUAAGUAAAAAUCAUAGAGAAUAUGGAAGAGAGGAUAAUUAUGAGGAGGAUAUUAAAACAGAGGUUCCAGAAAAAGAUGAGGUACAUAGCAAAGAGCAUUCAGAAAGUGGAGUUAAAAAAAAUUUACCUCAGAAUUUACUUAAUAUAUUUAAUCAGAUAGCUGCAUUUGAGAAAGAAAAAGGAAAUAAGCAAAAAAAUUAAUAUGCCAAGGGAAUCAGCACUAUUAUCUAAAGGCUGUUAAUAAGUUUUGGGUCUUUUAGUUAAAAUAGUCCAGUGCAGAAAUCUGUUGUUCUAAAAUUAUUUGUAGAGAUUGAAGAAAGCAAAUGAUUUUUAGUUAUUGUCAUAUAUUUGUUUUAGUUGGUCUUCUUUCACAGCUUGAUUUGUAGGCUUUCAUAUAUAUGUUUAAGUAUAGUAUUUCUUUGAUGACUUAAAUUUCAAGAUAAUUCUCUAAGUGUUUCUUAAUUGUAUUAUGGUAUGUGAGAAUUCCUUGAAUCUACCUUAUCCUGCUGUUUGAGAAAAUUAAAUUUGUGAACUGAACAUUUGGGUUGUUGUCAUCAAAAAUGAUUUAAUUCUCCUCUCUGUUAAAGUAAAAGCCCUCAGCUUUGAAAGAUACAUUUAAAUAUUCUUUAAAUAAUACUCUAUUAAUUUUUUACUAACUUUUAAAAUGGUACACAGAUUAUCUUGUCUAAUUGGCCUCUAAAGCCAGAUUCAAUUAAAAAAAGACUGUACCAGCUUAACAAAUACCUUAGGAAUAAAGCAUGAAAAUUGAAUAGGGGUCCAUUUCCUCUUUUCUUUUUUCCUUUCUUUUUGUUUCUCCCUCUCCCCCUCCCUAUUCCCUUCCUUCUCCCCCCCCCCCUUACUCCAUCCACUACCUCCCACUCUCCCCCUCCCUUUCUAUUUAUCUACCUACCUGCCUUAUUGCUUAGCAGUGUAGCCCUAAGAAAUUUUUUAAAAUAUUGGCAAGACUUUAGAGACUACAUUCUAGGCAAGAAUGGAUCAUAAUAGAAAACAAUACUUUAGCAAAAGCAGAUAGUGGCAAGAAAAGCAUACUAUAAAUCUGACUUUUCUCUAGCAAGAAAGAAAACUAGGAACUCCUAGUAUUGUACAUGUCCCAUUUGGAACACACUGGUCAUGUUUUUAAAUAGCCUAGAGCUGGCCUGCACUUUGACUUUUCUUCCUUGACACCUCCUCCCCCCGAUGCUUCCUCAAUGCCUCUUUUCUCAGAGUUCAAAUAAAUGACUAGGCCAACAAAGCGUGGAUUUAUUAGAAGAAAUUUUCAGCAACUGGAGCUGAAGACAGAACUUGGGUUGUAUGGAUACUCUCCAGAUUAUUGAAAGCAGUAGAGUUUAUUAUUUGGGAGAUACAGAUAGGAGUGAUAGGUAUUGUGUUUAUGAUGGCCUUUAGAAUCUUUCCAAUUAAUGGGCCUUUAAGAUUAUCAUUCAUGAUGACACUGGAUGGAUAGGUUGGGGGAUAGGUGAGUAUCCAUCUACAAAGGUCUGAGUAUGAUGGAGGAGGAAGGCACUUUCAGUCCUUGUUCUGUCUCACUAUUCUUGCCAAUAGUAAAAUACCAAAACUUUCUAGUAUAACUGGGUAUGUGCUGUUUGUGACCUUCUGACUUCAGUGAUGGAGCCUAAUGAUUCAGCUAAAGCUUUUGGCAAUGCAACAGAAAGAAACUGCUCAAAGAUCGUCGGUAGUAGCAAGAGGAAUUAGUCACUCAGACAUCAGUCUUUGCACUAAGAAACUCAACAUUUUAAAAAAAAUGUUUAUUGUAUUUUUUCCCAUUACCAUUUAGUGCCCUUAUACCAACUUUCCGCUCCCCACAAAUCACCACACUGUUGUCCAUGUCCAUGAGUCCUUUUUCCUUUUUGCUUCAUCCUUCCACCCUCUCACCUCUCCCAACCCCUUUUAGCUGUCAUCCCGCUGUCCAUCUAUGGGUCAGUCUCUAUUUUGCUCGUUAGCUCAGUUCAUUAGAUUCCACAUAUGAGUGAAAUCAUACAGUAUUUGUCUUUUCUUUGGCUGGGUUAUUUCACUUAGUAUAAUGUUCUGCAGGUCUCUCCACACUGUUGCAAAGGGUAA